AAAAAUAUAUGUGAGUGUCAAAAACUGGUUCUGGACCAUACUAAUCGAUAUUUACAAAAGUAGAGAAACGCGGAUGGUUCAAUCUUUAAUAUUUAUUUUCAUAUUUUAUAAAAUAGCAAUUAUUAUAAUUUAACGAUAAUAAAAAAUUCUUUAAUAAUUUUUUUAUAAAUUUUUAUUUAUAUAUCUUCACAUAUUUAAACUACAAUAUCUAUUGAUAUGGUUAUAGUGAUUUUUUGAUAGUGAGGUUAUAAAAAUGUAAUGAUUAAGAAAUUAUUAUUUGAAUGAUAAAUGAGACAAAAAACAAUGAAAAUGAUAGAUUUUUUUAUGGUAAUUUCCAUUAAUCAUGAUAUAACAAAAAUUCGACACAGUACUUAAUAAUUAAGAAAGUAUAACACAAUGAAAUCUGUGUAUAAAUUGUUUUUUCUGUGCCUUAUUUUUAUUGCACUUAUCAUAUUACUUAAUUUAACAAAUUUCUCCAAUAAAAUCUAUGAUGCACGUAUUAAAGAAACUGUUGUUGUUUCUACUACUGUUAAAAAAUUUCAAGCAUCCUCUGUAACAGGAGAAGUCACAAUUUGUGUGGUGGUUUGUGGAGAUAGAGUAGAUGAAGCAUUAACUAUGCUCAAAUCUGCCCUAGUUUUUACACAUAGAUUUUUACAAUUCAUUAUUCUAGCAGAAACUAACUUAAUUCCUGCUUUUAAUGAAAAGCUAGCUGAAUGGAAAUUUUUGUCAAACAAAACUUUUGAUUUUAUUGUUAAAUCUAUUACAUUCCCUAAGGAUAGUGAUGCUGCAAUGUGGAAAAAACUUUUUAAGCCUUGUGCAGCUCAGCGAUUAUUUCUUCCGUCAGUAUUAAAUAAUAUAGAUGCAGUUCUCUAUGUGGAUACAGAUACAUUAUUCUUGGCUCCACCAGAAAAAAUUUGGGAUGAGUUCAAGAAAAUGAAUUCCAGUCAAUUAGCAGCUUUAAGUCCAGAACAUGAAGAUCCUAAUACAGGAUGGUAUAACAGAUUUGCUAAACAUCCUUAUUAUGGGAAGUUGGGCGUAAAUUCUGGAGUAAUGUUGAUGAAUCUCACAAGAAUGAGAGAGUUUAGAUGGAUAGAAUAUGUGAUACCUAUUCAUAAGGAAUACAAAUUAAAGAUAACAUGGGGAGAUCAAGAUAUAAUAAACAUUAUAUUCCAUUAUCAUCCUGAAAAACUAUAUGUCUAUUCUUGUAGAUAUAAUUACAGACCUGAUCAUUGUAUGUACAUGCCUGUUUGUAUAAAGGCAGAAAAAGAAGGUGCUUUGGUUAUACAUGGUUCCAGAAGUACUUUUCAUUCUGAAAAACAGCCUCCUUUCAAAGCAAUUUACAGAGCUAUGCAAGAAUAUCAGUUAGGUACAGAUACCUAUGAUUAUUUAUUAGUGCCAAUGAGAAAUUAUUUAGCUCUGGAACAUAAAUCUAAUUGUGGUAAAGUGUGGAAAGCAUUUAUUAUUCAGCCUGAAUUGCACUUAGGACAAUAAUAAUAUUUAAAUGUUUUUUUAACAUAUAAAAAAUAAUUAAUAAUCUCUUUUGAUCAAUCAUCAAAAUAAUUCAUGUUUGACACACAAUAUGAAUAAUUUUAUCCAUACACAAAAUGACUAUGUUCCAUAAUAUAUUGAUUUUAUUGACAAAUGUGCUGUGAUUAUUACUGUUUAA